UCCGAGUCCCCCACCCCACCCCCGGCGAUCUCUCCCUUCGGCCACUUGCUGCCCUACCGUCUCCGUCUCCCCCUCCGCCUCCUCUCCCUCUCCCUCCGGACGCCCGUCAGAAGGCAGUGUCCUCCUCCCCCGCCCCUCCCCUCUGGCGUUUGUUCCCGCCUGCGGCAGCAAAGAGCAAGAGCUGACCAUUCAUCUCAAGGAGGAGAGGACACAACAUGGGCGCCCAAAGGGGAGGGAUUUGACGAAGCUCCUGCACCGCUGGGAAAGACACAUGACCCAUGCUUCAAAUGGAAGAUUCAUGACUUCUCGGUUCUGCUUGAGAGGGGAGCUAUACCAACUAACUCUGCCCUUUUUCAUUCCUUUGGGCAUAAGUGGUUUCUGCGAGUCACUCCAUCACAUACAAAAUCCUUCGCUGUAGCUCCAUAUGUUGCUCUUUCUCUUGGCCUGAGCGUAGGAAGUUUGGACUUGGAGCCAGAUUACACUGUAGAGGCAAUGUUCGUGUUAGCAAUAUAUAAUCAUUCAAAUGGGUUGUAUUAUGGAUCUGAAGGAGGCUGUUGUGGUUCAGAAGAAGGCUCCCACGGUUCAGAACCUCUUCAUCCAGAAGAACGGAUUCGUCACAAGGAACUGCACUUGACCAUGAGCAAUUUUCUGGAAUUGAAUCUGAAGCACUUUGUCCGCUCCGCCAUGUUUGAAAUUGACGGACAUAAAUGGUACCUUGGCAUCUAUCCUCGUGGUGACCCGUACAGCACGAGUUACCUCUCCUUGUACUUAUGCAUGGAUGCUUCGGACAAGCUCCCUCCUGAAUCUGGAAAGCUGGUUGAGUUGAGUUUAUCCAUCAUGGACCAAAAGCAUGGGCAACAUUACACCAGAAAAUCUCCAGCUCUUGUGGUGUUUGCGGGCGAAUGUCGCUGGGGAUGGUCCAACUUCAUUCCACUCAGCAUAUUCAGGGAUCCAUCCAGUGGCUACCUUGUACGGUCGUGCUGCAUUGUCAAGGCAGAGAUAACUAUCGUUGGUUCAUCCAGUGGUGGCGAGGUCUUAGCUGAUGGCCAGAUGAAUUGACAAUGUCCUUUGCAUCUAGAUCCUGCUGUAUAGUAUCAGGCUAUCGCCUAUGUGCAAUACUUAUGUACGAUAGUAUUGUGGUAGCAGUACUAAGAGCUUGCGAUGCAUUCUCAUGGUAGUAAUGAUGAACAUAUAUAGCACUGGGAAUUGAGGAAUUGAUAGGUAUGUCUAGGGUACUGUGAGGUUUCGACGUACCUCCAUAUGCGUGGAUACUUCAAGUUUACCAGACAUCCUCAUACUUGUAUUAUUAUCUCUGCUUGGUACAUGUAGCUCUGCAUGUAGGUUUUAGUAGUAGAACAUAUCCGUCAACACAUUUGUACAUUCACCAGCAUCUAUUGUUAUGUACCGAGGGAGUAUUUUCUAUUUUCA